AUGGCCAAUGUCGAUACUUUGGAUAUAUCGGAGAUCAGAAGGACAACGUGGGAGCUAUAUCGCUUCUGCGAUUCUAUCUCUGGAAAUGCCCCGGACGGCUUCAGGCAGCUUGUGGCCAACCUGCAAUCCCUGCAUAAUCUUUUCCAAAAAUGGAAAGAUGAUCCUACCUCAAAGAACUCUGAGGUCGGGCAUGAUGAAGAGCGGAAACAUAAUUUGCAGCGGUGUCUGAAAUCUUGCUCCAGCACCUUGCAGCAGCUUAAGGAGGUGGUCAAGAUGUAUCAAGCUUCGGGUUUCGGAACUGGGGAGCAAUUAUGGCAGACUAUAGAUUGGACGACACAGCAAGCAUUCAUUGACGAUGUCAAUACCAAAAUAGUGGCCCAUAAAUGCCAUCUGGGCUUGUGUGUGAGCUCUAAUCACAAGUCUCCUCUAGAAAGAACCGAAAGUGCAGCGACGGAAAGUUCAGCGAAAGACCUACCACCCCUGGCUCCAUCAUCUUUACAGAUGCAAGACGAAGUCUCGCCCACAUCAUUCUCAGUACCCACACCUCGCCUUCACGACGUACACAUUAUGCCAGAGUUGGAUGGAACGGAGGUUCCGAAUCGGAAUCCUGCGCGCACCAAUACAAAACACUCACCUACGCCAGGUCACACUCGGGUUUCGACUUCUUCCGAAUCUUUUGUAUCUGGGCAGUCCGAUGGGUCUAUUUUCACAGCUACCACUCGCACCUCACCUAGUACCCCCGCUACGGCAAGCUUCAGCCCCCUAUCCAUGGCUCCUCCAGAAGCGUAUUGCACCGAAAAGGAAGUGGUUUGGGCUCGCGGGCCAGGGUCUGGGAUCUCAAGUGUACAAUAUCAGCGGCAAAUUCAGCGGUCGAACUCAAUAAAACCAGGCGAGUCAAUCUUGUGGGGUAGCCCGGCUCAUGCAGGGGCUGAUGCAAUUCAAGAACUCCACCAACGCCAAUGGCGCGAACAGCUCCUCCGGUCGCUGCGGUGCGAACCACGGGAUAGAUUCCAUCAGCCUGAUGCUGAGCUUCUGGUAAAAUUUGAAACGUUGUCUCAUAAAGAAGAGCGCCCCCAGCAUCUGACCACGAAAGGUUGGCUGCUGGUCGCAGUGUGGUGGCUCCUAAAGGCUAGGACAGCCCUCGCCAAUAGCGAGAUGCCAAGCCUGGUAAGCCAGAGAGGCAGCACAAGCGCAUCUACAGUGUCAUCGAUUGCAAGCCAUCAGGCGUAUGUGGACCUCUUGAAGGCUUCGUACAUUCUAUAUGACAUUGUCCUGCGGGUGGAAAGCCCACAGGUACUAUUGGAAGACGAGAACAGGAAAUUGAUCUCAGAUUUGUCAGAAGGUAUCAAAGAGGACUUUGCUCAGUUUAGUAGUGUUGAUGUUCCUGACUAUGCUGCAAUCCACUCGCAGAACCUCGAUAUUUGGGAACCCAUACAACCUGAAGAGACAACAGUGAGUGAGGGCCUAGCUUCCAGCCCGGGAAACAUCAGUUAUGUCACCGUGGAGCUCGAGGAUGGCGGCAAUGAGGAUGAGCAGGUUCUCUUCCGGACUUUCGUGAAUGCGGGCAUUGGAAGUAAGAAGCUCCGCAUGCGAACUAGAGGGGCUCCGUACAUGCUACUGCUGUCCACCAGGUAUGGGGAAAGUGAGCCUAAGGUUACGAUCUGCAAUCAGUCCGGCAGUUUCUGUCUGCAGAGAGAUUUAACACCGGGGGAUCUAACUCAGUUAAUGCAGGUCUCGAACGCGUCUCUCGCUGGUCUCCCUGCGAUCAGGGCAGCAGAGCCUGUGACUCUGAAGUUUGACACCAUGAGUGUAUCAAUUUCGUUUCAAUACUUAUCGGAUAUGAUGCAAGUUAUCAAUAUUCCCAAGGCAUACUUUGACGCGGUCCAGCUACGAGAGCCAUUGGAGUCGGACGAAUUCACCGAGACUGUUGUUUUCAAAAGCUCCGCCGAAUCGCUCGAGCAAUUGAGGAUGCCCACUAUGACUUCCAGCCGUCCUCCUACGGUACAUCUGUCUUGUGAAGUGCGCAUCUUGGAGAGAUCUUUCAAGGAGGCGUGGCGCUCCGUUCGACGCAUAGUCAUCUGCUCUUCAACAGCUGAUCAGAACGGGCGAAUGAUCGAGUAUUUCAUGCCAUUGAGUCAUGUGCAAGUCAGCCGGACCAAGACUGCGGGCCUUGUGCUGCUGAAAUGGUCAGACACUGGUCAGGAGAGGUCGGGAAAGACCGACGGCAACUACCAUCCCCUUUUCUCCUACGUAUAUGACAGCAGUAAUCCUAAUAUCGGAAUCGGCAUUCAAUUUCGCUCCGAGGAACAGGCGGAUGCGUUAGAGAAGGCCAUCCUGGGCAGAAACAUAAAGCCGGUGUUCACCUGGUCUCAGACCAAGAGCUCGGGCCAGGUCUACGAUGUUGUAGAUGCCGCGCUGGAUGGAAAACGCUACAAGGCCGUGAUGCUAUGUCGUACCCGUGGAGAGUGGAAGCAAUGUGGUCUACACUACCUUUACCGAGACAUGGAUUAUGUCUAUGAGCAUUCGACUCUCCGUGUCAAAUUUCCGCAUGCGUUGAACGCCACUUAUAUAUCAUCCCACGUUGACCAGCUAUAUCGUGCCGACCAGCGCGUGUUCUUCUCCCACUGUGAGAAAGAACUCCGAGAAGUGGUUGUGGAAUUCCACGACGAGCACGUCCUCCGGGCAUUCAUGACCUCACUCGCAUCAUCGCACGAGCUGAUAUUCUCCCGACGAGCGAACUCCCUUAUGACCAAAGAAAAGCUGCUUUUCGGUCCCAAGAAGUCUGUCAAAGGGUACUCACAGGUGCAACUCUGGCGGGAUGCAGAGACCCUUCGUCUCGCUGCCCGAUGGAACGACCACAUUAUGGACCGGUGGCUCACGAUGACCAUCCCGCCUGGUGAACUGACCCGGUCUGGUAACCUUAUUAGCUUUCCCUCGAGCAGCUAUUCCCGAGGCAUGAUCCUCAACAUGUCCAAGAUAGCAGCGGGGUCGGCCAAGAACCUGAGCCGGGAGCACAAGACUGGGCCGAUUACCAUCUUGUUUCCCGACAUAAAAGACCGGGAAGAAUUCGUCGCAGCCAUAGCGGGCAUGCAUAUGAAGUAAUUUGAGGAAUCCAUCACUUAAAUAUUGACAACCUAUGGAUCGUCGCGCAGAAUGAUAUCCUCGCGGGCCGGGUCUCCACAGGAAGUUGACG